AUGCUUAGAGCUUCGAUAGCCGUUGUCUUGACGGCUUGUCUGCUGGUGGAUUGUAAGUUUUGGGCUUGUAAAAGUGAUGACAUACUAUACGUUCAGCAAUAAGCCUUUUAGGCUAGCAAUAAGCCUUUGAUGAAAUUUUUUUAGGCUAUCCAAAUGGCGGCGGCAACGAACACGAAAACGGCAACGGAAAGGGAGGUCACGGCGAGGGAGGCAACGGUGGCAAACAAAACGGCCACGGCGGUGGCAAUGCCGGUCACGGAAAUGGCAAAGGAAAUGUCGGUGGGAGCAAAGUCGGAUUCGGCGGUCCCCCAGGAGGCCAAGGAGGACACGGCGGUCCUCCACCAUCGUGGGGAGGUCAAGGCGGACACGGCGGCCCUCCACCAUCGUGGGGAGGUCAAGGCGGACAUGGCGGUCCCCCACCAUCGUGGGGAAAUCCAGGAGGCGCAGGAAACGGCUUCCACUGGGGAGGGUGGAUUCCCAACAACAAAACUUGUGAGGGAAACAUAACGCUGUUCACCAACGCAAGCAUCUUCUUGGAGCUUCCCGAAUUCAUCUUCUACCACAUGACGUUCGUCUUGAACAUUACUGGUGACGGUAAGAAUUUGUUCCAAACAAAGUUUUUGAAAUCGUAAAAUGAAACUAUAGUCACGUUUUUCAGAAUGUAUUCCUCAAUUCAACAUUCCCCGACCCAGCUUCUGGAACAUUGGCUGGCCCUGGCCAUGGCCGUGCCGUCUCUUCCCCGUCCCACCAAAGUCCACCACCACGACGAGUACCACGACAACGACCACAACCACUCGUAUUGCCCCACCCACCACGACCACGACCAAAGCCACAACCACAACCACUACGACCAGAGCGUCCACAACUGAUGGCAGCGGAAACGAUGCGUUCACAACUGAUGACAGCGGAACCGGCAGCGGUCCCGAUGACUAUAUUCCAAUCUACAACGACUGCACCAAUCCCAACUCGCCGACGAAGCCGGGCUUUAGCUGCCCCUCGACGAAGGCGCUGGCCUCUUCCGACUUCGACGACGAUGACGCUUCUAGUGUUUCGAACCAAAAGAGCGGUCUGUUCAAGGGAUCCACCAGUCCCGGUGACGAUAUCCCCAACAACUACUGUGUUCCAUUCAUCAUCAGCCAUUACUACCUCCACAACCACGGCUUCCAUCCCAAGCCCGGCUGCGACAACGGCCAUCACGCCAAAGGAGGCGGAGGAAAAGGCACCAGCAGCGAAGAGGACUCCGGCUCGGGCAGCCACAAGAGCCACAAAAAUUAG